UCCCGCACUCAUUUCUAGGGUUUUCUUUCUGCUUCUCUCCUUCUUCCUCCUCAGAAAACCUCCUCGCCCCUUCAAAAAUCUAAUUCUUUCUCAAUCUCGCCAUUUCCUCCUUCCACCCACUCCCCCCAAAAGAAAUUUACCACCGUCCAAUCUCCUCAAGCCGUGGUGAUGAAUCACCACCGUCGAUUAUUCCGCCAUCGUUUCCAGAUUAGCCGUUGCUUUUCAUCUCCAUCCCUGUCAUUCGAUCCACCUCCAGCUAUCCUCCAACGAAGAGUUGUCGUCACCGGUUUGGGAAUGGUUACGCCGCUUGGCUGUGGAGUAGAGACCACAUGGAGGCGAUUAAUUGAUGGCAGAUGUGGAAUCCGCGCGCUUACCCCGGGAGAUCUUAAGAUGGAAGGUUUCGACAAGGAGACUACGCUGCAUACGUUCGAGCAGCUGGUGUCCAAAGUUGCGGCCAUUGUGCCUUCUGGAACCGAUGAGGGUGAAUUCAAUGAGGAAAUAUGGCUACGGUCUAAGGACCAUAGAUCCAUUGCAAGGUUUAUAGCCUAUGCACUAUGUUCAAGCGAGGAAGCGCUUAGAGAUGCAAACUGGAUGCCAAGUGAUUUGGAGAAGAAGGAGAGGACGGGUGUUUCUAUUGGCGGAGGCACUGGUAGCAUUAGUGACAUUUUGGAUGCGGCACAAAUGAUUUGCGAGAAGCGCUUACGUCGACUUAGUCCCUUUUUCAUACCGCGAAUCUUGAUCAACAUGGCAGCAGGUCACGUGAGCAUGAAAUAUGGAUUCAAGGUGCCAAACCAUGCUGCAGUAACAGCUUGUGCUACUGGUGCUCAUUCAAUCGGGGAUGCUGCAAGGAUGAUUCAAUUUGGAGAUUCAGAUGUCAUGGUAGCUGGAGGAACAGAGUCCAGCAUUGAUGCUCUUUCUAUAGCGGGAUUUUGCAUAACUCUGUGUUUGUGUAGGUCAAGGGCAUUGACUACGAAGUAUAAUUCUCUCCCAAAGGAAUCUUCUCGACCAUUUGACUGUGAUCGAGAUGGAUUUGUGAUAGGCGAAGGUUCUGGUAUUAUGGUAUUGGAGGAACUUGAACAUGCACGGGAUCGAGGAGCAAAAAUUUAUGCCGAGGUUCGAGGCUAUGGGAUGUCAGGUGAUGCACAUCACAUAACUCAGCCACACACUGAUGGGAGAGGUGCUAUUUUGGCCAUGACGCGCGCACUUGGGCAGUCUGGGAUUCAUCCAAAUCAAGUGGACUACGUAAAUGCCCAUGCUACGUCUACACCUUUGGGUGAUGCCAUAGAAGCCAGUGCGAUAGAAUCCAUGUUUUCAGACCAUGCAACAUCGGGCACUUUAGCCCUCUCCUCUACCAAGGGUGCUACUGGUCAUCUACUUGGGGCAGCUGGGGCAGUAGAAGCAAUCUUUGCGGUCUUAGCUAUACACCAUGGGAUUGCACCGCCAACAUUGAAUCUUGAAAACCCAGACCCCAUUUUCCAUGACGGUUUCAAACCUCUAAGUGCCCCAAUGAAGAUGCCGAUAAGAGCUGCUCUCUCGAAUUCUUUUGGUUUUGGUGGCACAAAUGCAUCCCUGCUGUUUGCUUGUCCCCCUUAAGACAAGAUGGCAACAUGAUUGUUGCUGCAAGCUUUGAAAAAUAUGACAAAAGAGUAGUUAGAAGCGGGCCUUUGUGAUCUUUGACCAUUUCAAGGAAUGGCUUUUACUGAAUUUUCCAAUUUCAGGUCAGUUAAAAUCAAUGGCUGAUAAUGUUUAUUUGAUGCUGUGUGGGGCUGGCAAUGGCUUUUGAGGUGGCCUGCUGUGGGGUGAAAAAUGUAGGUGGUUGUCUUGGCUUACAAACUAUACUGAUAAGCUUCAAAUAGGUAUCAUGCAGUGCUUGAUCUGGGAAUAUCUCCUCUCUUUUUUUUCUUCUUCUUCUUUUCUUUUUAGUUCUGCAUUGUUGGGGUCUGUUUUGUCGUUAUCCACUCCGUUGAUAUGGUUGAUCCUAUUGUGUAUGCCUAAUCUUUGGCCUUUCCGGCUCAGUGUAGGCUAUCAGUGUAUUUACUUUCUUAACCAUCUAUUCGUUGGUCAUCAAUUGAAGGUUUAGAUUUUAAAUUGAGUGA